AUGAAAGUAUCGAAAAAGUUCAGAAAAGUCGAAUAUAAAGAAGGUGAAUCAGAUUGCGAUGAAUCUGACGUUAAUUCGUCUGAAGAUGAAGGUGAUACACCUAUGUCUCUCCAUCAUUAUCAAAUUCAUACUUUCGCGUCGAAAUUAACGGGAAAGAAAAGUAUAUUCAUAAGCAAACAGCCGGUUGGUUUUUUACGAAUUACAAACCACAAUUGUCAGCUGAUCGAUCAAAACGAGCUAUACAAAGCAGCGAAUGGAUGA